CAGAUCGGUCGCGUCGUGAUCCGCACGCUCGUAUCCGAUCGCCCGGCGUCGUCGCGCCCGGAGCCGAUCGCCGAUCGUCGGAGACGCUCCACGGAUCGUCUCGCGCUGCUCCCGCGCCGGAGAGAGAGAGAAAGAGAAGAUCAAGAUCCUGUGUCCGAUCGAUCGACGAUCGCUGGUCGCGCGGAUCCACCGGUUUCGCCGCUCAUCCGGCUCAUCCCAUCCCACGGGAUUAUUCCGUUGCCGCGCGCGCGCUCUUAUACGCACGCGGCAUCAGGUUCGCGUUUCGGCGAAUCCGCGCUGCUGCGGGUGGUAAGUGGAAAGCGUCGCUCAGCAGCCCGAGAGAGAAGAUUGAAUCUGUACGGCGCGGAUAAACUCCAGUCGGCGCUCGUAAAGUUCGGGCGCCCCACGUGAAAACCGAAGGUUUCGAUCGUCUCGUCGUCGUCGUCGUCGUCGUCGUCGUCGUCGGUCAUCGACCCGAUUACGCGUGCUCUCGUCGCUUCGUCAAUUUGGAAAUGCUUCUCGGGGGAUCGUCGAGGGAAGGAGCGCGACGAAGCUGGCGCGACAGACGUAAGCUUCCGGCGGUGUGAAGCGAGGCGAGCGAAGCAAGAGGAGAACGAUCGGAUCGAGAACGCCGGGCUAGAGAAUGAGCUAUAAUACUCGCUCCUGAGCGUACAAUCGGCGCGAUGCGUUUCUACUCUUCCAGCCGGCCAUUCUCCGCGUAAUCAGAUCUAUACGCAUUGCACAAGCACACAGGCGCAAGCGGUAUGGUCGAGGUCCUCCGAGAGAGAUAAGACCAGGACGCGCAGGACGAGACCCAGCGCGUUCUUUAAUGGACGUUGCGCCGAUCCUCGUUGCAUUCUGCUGGCGAGUCGUUUGCGAGGAAAACGAGAAUCGAGAGGAGGAGGAGGAGAGACCUUGAGAUCUCUGUCUGUUGCGAGGGUUUUAUGGAUACCGGAGGCGAAGGUACCAGAGGCUCUCUCGGCUCUCGAACGCUUCGGAGUAUCCGCGAUAAUCGUCGUCCAAUGACGCGCUCGGGAUGAUCGAUUGACGCGCGGUGAGAUCGAUGCGAAGAUCGGUCUCUCGGUGAUAUAUACUUAUACCUAUAUACCGGGUACAUUAGUGAUCGCUUUCGAAAUAGCGUGCGGAAACGCUGAACAGACGUUUCGAACGGACGAAUAGAUGCGCGUGCACCAGUGGGACUUGCAGAGAUGUCGCGAAUUUCGAAUCGCGUCGCCACGAUUGGCGCGGCCCUCGCCAUCGUUUUGCUCGUGAUACUCCUAGUAAUCUUGUGGUCGGACGUGCGCAACGUAGACAGGAUCGAGAAUCUCGGCCGGAUACGGAAGAAUUCGACGAUCGAUGGUGUCGUCAAUGAAACGAGGAGGAAGCAGAUCGACGGUCUACGCCGCAUCGCCACGACGGAUCUGGUUACGACGUUCGAAUCUAUCGAGCAGAAUCUCACGAAUGAGGUGCUUCCCGAAGGAAUACGAAAUACGAAAGAAUUCAAUGGCACGUCGUCGAUCGACAUGUUGCCGUCCGCUAAGGGCAAUCUGGAGUACGUCAAGCCUUUAAAAAUUAGUCAAAAUCAGUAUGAAGAUCCACCCGAGCAGUUUUCCACGGCGAAGAGGCAUCACAGUGGUCACUUUCGGCACGCAACGGCCGAAGUCUGGGACCCUCACCCGCAAUACGAAUUUACCGCCUUUGGAAGGCGAUUUCGCUUGCGGCUGGCACAUGACGCCAGUUUUGUAUCUCCCGACAUAAAGGUGACACACAUGAGCGAGAACACAACGAGGAGGGAACACGCCGGUCAUCACUUGGGCUGCUUCUACAGCGGGUCAGUCGACGGCGAUCCAAGUUCAGCGGUCAGUGUCAGCCUUUGUCACGGAAUGACUGGUCACAUGAAGACGUCGAUGGGCAGCUAUUUCAUUAAGCCUACCGAACAUUGGCGCGAGGACGACAAGGACUCUCUUGGAUCUUCGUUACAACAUGCGCUCUACCGCGUACCCACGGCUGCGAUUAAUUUGAACGAUGACUUUGAUACUCCCGAAAAUGGAGUUAGAAGUCGCAAUUGCGGUGUGAUCGAUUACGACUCGGACGACAUCCCUUCCCCAUUAACAGACGAUAGUUCCGCUCGUAAAGUUUACGUCGGGGAGCGUUCGCGGGAGCGUAGAUCAUUGACGCGGAAAACCGCAUCGUUGGAGCGGUUUCCUAGAGAGAAGGAAGAGGAAUACGAGCGAUUCACAGAGCUGACCGAGCAUCGCCAGGAUUUUUUUCAAAGAUUGGAUUACGACGACAGGUAUUACAGUGUGGCUCGUGAACACGGCUAUCAAAACGAAGAAUACGCACAGGACUCGGAGAUGGACGCGGAUCCCUUCGUGACGUGGAGGCCGCGGCGUGCCUUACCGCGUGAAUAUUUCAUCGAGAUCAUGGUGGUAGCUGAUGCGAAAAUGGUGGAAUAUCAUGGCACUGGCUUGGUCAGCUACAUUCUUGUCCUGAUGAGCACGGUUUCACGAAUCUACAAGGACCAGUCUAUCGGCAAUCCGGUGAGCAUUGCAGUAAUGAAGAUCGUCAAGACCGAGGAAGUAUUUGGCGUCAAACAUAGCGGUAGUGACGGAAUCGCGGCGGCCGAAAUGUUAAAGCGAUUCUGCCAGUGGCAGAAACACAAUAAUCCUGACGAACCCUCUCCGGAACACCACGAUGCUGCGCUUCUAUUAACCAGAGAGAAUCUAUGUCACAACCCGCGCCAAAAGCGUUGUGACACUUUGGGCUUGGCCGAGCUGGGUAGAAUGUGCUCGCCUGGAUCUUCGUGCGCUAUCGUGCAGGAUAAUGGAUUAGCCGCGGCGUUUACCAUCGCGCACGAGAUUGGUCACGUACUUAACAUGCCGCACGACGACGACGCCAAGUGCACGGGUUUCAGGAACCGUUCGGGUGUGCACAACGUGAUGUCCCGCAUGCUGGACGAUAAUACUUUUCCCUGGGAGUGGUCCAAGUGUUCCCGACACUAUGUCACCGAAUUUCUCGAAGCCGGAUAUGCCAACUGUUUGCUUGACGAACCCAGCAAAAUGAUGGAGAGACAAAACGGUCGGCUGCCCGGCGAAGACUAUUCAGAGAACAAACAGUGUGAGCUCGUCUUCGGGCAAGGAUCCAGAAUCUGUCCCCACAUGGUGAGUGAUGGCCAGGCAGUGUGUAGGAGACUGUGGUGCACCGCACCACUGUGGGAUCAUCAUCAGCAGUGUCACACUCAGCACAUGCCUUGGGCCGACGGCACACCAUGCGGCAUCGAUAAAUGGUGUCAUCGCGGCGAGUGCGUCUCGCGCAGAAACCUCGAGCCGGUGCACGGCCAGUGGGGUGAAUGGGGAAGAUACGGCGAGUGUUCGCGGACCUGCGGCGGCGGCGUCAAGAGGAAGUAUCGCGAAUGUGAUAAUCCGGCGCCGAAGAAUGGCGGCAAUUACUGUAUUGGCGAGCGCGUUAAAUAUCGCAACUGCGGUACCAGAGAAUGCCCGCCGGGUAGCCCAGAUUUCAGAGAACAACAAUGCUCGAAAUUCGACAAUAACAAUUUCAACAUUCAGAAUCUUGCCAGAGAUGUUAAGUGGCAUGCAAAGUAUACCAGAAUACUGCCACAAGAUCGUUGCAAACUGUACUGCCAAGUGGAGAGCAAUCAGUAUUACAUGUUACGCGACAAGGUAAUCGAUGGGACACCCUGCGGCCCUGACACUUUCCAUAUAUGCGUUAACGGCCAAUGCAAGCCCGCCGGAUGCGAUCACGUCUUGAAUUCGACGGCCGAACUUGACACCUGCGGAGUUUGCAGAGGCGACAACGCAACUUGUCAGAGGAUUGCGGGCGCUUACAAUUCCAGUGUAUACGGUUACACCAGGGUAGCUAAAAUCCCUGCCGGCAGCAGUUACAUUGAUAUUAAACAACAUGGAUGGCUGGGCUCUCACAACGAUAGUAAUUAUCUCGCGCUGAGAAUUGGAGAAGACGGCGAAUACAUCUUAAACGGGAACUUUAUGGUAAUGCAUCGCAAGGUGAUCGUACACGCUGGCGUUACUAUUGAAUACAGCGGACCGGAAUCAGUUGUGGAACGACUGAACAGUUCCCGCCCUAUCGCCACCGAUUUAAUUUUGGAGGUAUUAUCCGUAGGGAACGUUUAUCCACCGCAAAUCACCUACGAGUACACUGUACCGAAAGGAAUCCUAAACAGUUACACGUGGCUGCUCAGCGAUUGGUCGACCUGCAAUCGAAUGUGUCAGGGUAUGAAAUAUCGCAAGGCCGAAUGUAGGAGCACCGAGCACAAGGAAGCGGUGCCCGACGCUUAUUGCAGAAACGAGGAAAAACCGCAGGAGGAAAGUCAGAAAUGUAACGCGCAUUGCACACUACAAUGGCAGAUGACUUCCAUGUCUGAAUGCUCGAAUCACUGUGGCCCGGGCGUGCGAACUGUCACCUCGCGAUGCGUUCAAAUCUUGCUGGACUCGUCGCAUCCUCCGCGGCCGAUACCGGCGCACGCCUGCUUGCAUAUCGAGAAACCGAGCGAGCAUCAGUCGUGCGUCGGCCCUUGCGACGACGCUCAUUGGAGUUACAGCGAAUGGAAUGCCUGCAGUGUCUCGUGCGGCGGCGGUGUGCAAUUGAGGAGCGCGAUAUGCGUUGAUUCAAACGAGAGGCAGGUACGAGACGAGAACUGCGUCAGACAGGAGAAGCAUCUCAAGAGGACGUGCAAUCAAGAGGCUUGUCCGAAAUGGGAUCUAGGAGAGUGGAGUUCGUGUUCCGUGACCUGCGGCGUAGGAAAACGGCAUAGAGCCUCCUGGUGCCAGGUCGAGAAUCGCGUGGUAUCGCGCACCUUCUGCAGCGGUACACCGAUCGUAACGACGGAGGCCUGCGAUGCCGGUCCUUGUCAUCAGUGGCACGCCGGCGACUGGAGUCCGUGUUCAGUAACGUGUGGCGAGGGAACGUCGCGAAGAAACGUCGUUUGCAAGAAUGCAGAUGGUGCGCCGAGUGACGGAUGUUCCAUCUCUGAGAAACCAGAGACUUCGGUUACCUGCACGCUAAAACCAUGUCCCAAUGUCGUAAGCCUGCCGCCGAUCACGUAUUCAACAAAUCCCCCACGUGAAGAUUCGUUCCCACAAGAAAACGAAAUCGACAGCAACGGAAUUACGUUCCACUCGGGUUACAAAUGGCACGUAGGAGCUUACGGAGAGUGCUCGCGAAAAUGCAAUAUCGGAUACAAAAACAGGAUAGCGAGAUGUAUAUCCUCGGAAACUGGGAUGGUCGCGCCUGACUAUUAUUGUGACUCUAAUCAACAACCGAUAGUCAGGAUCGCGUGCAAUCCUCACCCGUGUCCGACUUGGAAUACCGGCGACUGGAGCGAGUGCGACGCAGUAUGCGGUAAUGGAUUCCAACAUCGUCAAAUCCGCUGUCAAAGUCAUCGCGGCGAAACUUUGCCAGACAAGGAAUGUAACGACGAGCAACCGAAACACGUGCGAAGGUGCCAAAAAGAAUCUUGCAGAAGCAAUCCUAAAAGCAGCCGGGAGAAUAGUUUGGAUUCUAACAUCGUUCGCAGAUGGAAAAUGUCUAAUUGGACUCCGUGCUCGAAAUCAUGCGGCACCGGGAUUCAGACACGAAGGGUGGAAUGUACGAUGAGAAGAAGCAAUCAUUGGCCGGAAGUACCUGUUAAGGACGAGCAGUGCUUGAGAACAAAACCGCGCAAACCAAAAUCACAGAGAUUAUGCCAACGUGUUGCCUGCGAUUUUAUCUGGCAGGAAGGCACCUGGUCGGAGUGUUCGGCGGAAUGUGGCGAAGGAAUGCAACGUCGCGCGGUCACUUGUCAUCGAGUAAAUCUGUACGGAUGGAUCGAUCCAACGCCAACUGAAGGUUGCCCGAUGGAUCAAAGGCCGGUCAGCGAGCAGAUUUGUAAGCUACGCGAGUGCAGUGAUGAAUAUUAUUGGACUGUUGGCCCUUGGAAAAAAUGUAGUCAAUCUUGCGGACGCAAAGGGCGGCAGAUCCGUAGGCUUUAUUGCCACAAUGCAGCCGGCAAUACAGUAGCGCGGAUUCACUGUCCAGCUGAAUACAAGCCACAACGAAAGCGCAAGUGCAAUCAAAGAAAAUGCGGUCCAGUCACCUGUCUUGAAAUCCAGAAACGACUCAAGGUUACCACGGACGGUGAAUAUCCGUUGUUAAUUGGUGGUAGAAAUAUGACGAUUUAUUGUCACGGAAUGUCGAGCGCCGAGCCGCGGGAAUACCUGACUUUGCCAGCUGGCGACAGCGAGAACUUCGCGGAAAUCUACGACAAAAGAUUAAGGAACCCUCACACGUGUCCGUUCAAUGGUCAAAGAAACGACAGUUGCAACUGCGUGUCCGAAUUGGGGACGAUAUCUGGCAGAACGAUGUUUAAGAGGGUACGCAUAGAUCCAACGACACUCUACAUUAUAGCGAAUGAUUACACGUUUUCGUGGACAAAAGGAAUGCAACGCGUGGAGUAUGGCAAAGCCGGUGAUUGCUAUAGUCUCACCGAAUGUCCGCAAGGACGUUUCAGCAUUGAUUUGAGGGGAACUGCCUUGGGAUUAUCGCCAGAAAUUACCUGGAUUAAGGAAACCUCAAGCGCUUUUCUCGCAAUCAAUAGAAUUAAUAAUCAACGAAUCAUCGGUAAAUGCGGCGGUUAUUGCGGCUUCUGCAAGCCGAGGACGGGCCUAAAGCUGGACGUAUUACCUCCCUAGUCACAGCCAUCAACUUCUAGUACUUCAUCUAUCUGUCCUAUGAUCCCGCGGCCAUAAGUCGCGGCAUCAUAACCACCGAUUUGCUUUAAAUUCGAUUAGUUUCUUAGUAGCUCCCGGAAAGAAAGUAUAUAUAUUUGUUCCAAUAUACGUAUAUUGGAGAUAGCGAUACCGAAACUCAUUGGAACGGCGACCGAUAUAGCGGAAUGCACAUGACACAACAUACAAUCUAUCACUGCCGUCACGCAUGUGCGAUUAAACUAAAAUCACAAAUUACGAUUAUGUGUUUGUGGAAAACGUGUCUCUAUGAAUGCAAAACUAGAAAGUUUGCAACAAGAAAAAGAGAAAAGAAAACAAACAUUACGUAAAAUGAAUAUUUUCAUAACUAGAACCGUUUUCCCGCCGCAAAUCGAGUCUCCAGCAAUCGUAACGCUAUCGAAACGAAUAAUAAUUGUAAUAUGCAUUUUAUAUACAAACUUAAAGUAACUGAUAAUGGUAUCGUAUUCUGUGAACACUUCGCGAUUAAUAUUAUGCUCUCUUUCGAUGAUCUUACGAUCCUACAGUUUGCUUUUAUAUCGUGAUGCCACUGCCGUUUUCUACAAUGCCCCAUCGAUUUUAAAAAGUGAAGAGACAUUAAGGAGAAUUGAUACCUUAUUUUUACUUUUAACAAUAAAGUAUCAAUAUAGAAUAUACAUAUAAGUAUAACUGAGAUGAGUAUCUUGAUUAACAUCUCGGUACCACAACAAUUAACAGCAAUUUGUAGCUUUCAGAUAGAAAGAAAGGAACAGAAUACUCGACUUUAUGGUUUUUACGCAAGUUCGAUAUCUUAUACGAUGUUUUUUGCUUGCAAUGAGCUGUAGAAAAAAAAACUCGUAAAACUUGUUAAACAAGCUGUAGGAUAUUAUUUUUUCCUUUUUUACUUGCAUCGCGCGCAUAUAGGAGAAUAUUGUCCGUUUUAUCUCGAAGGUAUCGCAGUAAAAUUAAUAGCAUAGACGUGUGUGCAAGGUGAAUAAAUCCACUAGUAAGGUUCACGGUGUACGCGUGUAAAGUAGUUUGAAAACGGUAUAUAUUAGGUACACUGCGUUAUUAGUGAUUAACGCACGACAUAAUUUCGUCUCACGUCUAGAAAAGAAAUGUAGGAUGUUACUGUUAAAUAAUUUUCCAAACUGUCUCUACAAGUAUUCAGAACAUAUUGAAGCUAUUUCUUCCUUAAUGAAGAUUGCCUUUGCGACUCAUUUCUUGUCGCUUGGCAAAUAUAUCUUUUGACAAUGCAUUUGAAGAGAUUAGGUAACUGAGGCUCAACGUUUUUCUUUUUUUACGAGAAGACGCUUUCGUUAAGGGGAAUUUGGCUUCAAAUUGGUCAAAAUGAAUGAAGUUUGUGAAACUUAUUCUCAGUGACGUUCCGUACUUAUCCGCACUCCCGAUGAAGAUCAAGCGUGAAAUCCGUUUUUUUUUACAAUCGUAGCCGUUACGCGCAAUCGUAUUACGUUACUCAAGCAAAUCCACGAAAUUUGUACAAAAGCCAAUAAUAUUUAUACUAUGAAGUAGUGGUAAAGUCUAAGGAAACUUUAUUCGUAUUUUAUCGCGCCGCACCAACUUAGGAACGAUGUGUCGAGGUGAACGCGGUGCCGAUUAGUCUUUUUUUACAUUAAACAACCAACAAGAUUGGUCAGUACAAUAAAUCGCCUUUCUCUUUGCGACACUCGCGUCAUUAGAUGUGAAUGUCAAAGUGCCCACUUUGCUUGGACGCUUUACAAUCCAGACGCCUGUUAGCUAUAUAAAUACGCGUAUUUCGACAGACUGCCAUAGUUAAUGUUAAUAUAUGGUAUAAAUAUAUAUACGUAAUUGUUAAGUGUAUAAUCUGCCAAUCUUGGCCACGUUGUAGCAUAAUAAGAUUUGACGAGGACGGAAAUAGUGCGAUCUAUCUCGUAAGCGCGAGUAUAUAAACGCAUUUUUUUAAAUAAGCAUUUCCGAAGUGCCGAAAUUAACGAUGUUUAGUCACGACAGUUUCGAUAAUGUAAAAACUUCAUGUGUGAAGGAACGCGAUAUUUACUUAAUUUCUUGUAUUAACGUUAGCAAAGCUAGUGGCGGACGGUGCUGCGACCCGAUCGACAGCGUUGUAUUCUAGAUUGCAUUGCGUGUUGUCAAGGCGAAUGCGUUAUUAACGGUGACAUUAUCUCGCGUAUGUCCUAAAAACGCUCCGAACUUUAUGUUACGAGGCAUAUUUAACGCCUACUGUAGAACAGUGCAGAGCUCACAGCACCCUCAACUCAACUUUGCAGACAAUUAACUGCCGCAGAACCGAUUUACGAGCGUGGAGGUACGCCGUGCCGCGAACUUACAUAUCUAAUAUCGUAGGCAGCUAAUUGAUCGGUUGUUGCUCGAUAAUUAAACACGCGUGUGAGAAUCCGUUGUUUUAUAAUUCCAUCGCCGACAACGUAUUACAUGUAAUGUACAUUAAACGUCAUAAAUGUUCUAAUGCCUGUUAAAUGGGCGUCUUCGCGAACGCAACACAUCUCCAUUAUCAUGAUAUACAGAGCUCCAGGAUUAUUAUUCUUUUCAUUGUAAAUUUUUCGAUUGAGUUGUUACCUUGUUCUCAACAAAAAUGUUGAAACCCAUAAAAUUGCUGAACAUUUAACGAUUAAAAAUAAGAGAUUUAUAGCAAAUUAAAUUUUACGAAAGAAAAUAAAUGAGUUAUAUAUUCUUUAGUUAAAAAUUUUAAUGGGUUUUAUUUUAAUCGACUUUGUUUUAAAUAUAACUACAUAGAGAUAUAUAUAAAGUCAAAGAUUGAAAAGAUAAUUGGUAAUCAUUGAUAUCUCUCAACAAUUUCAUUGAAUCUCUUUUGAAUUAACCUGAGGAAAAUUACGAUGCUUCUGUACAUCACGAUAGCUUGUAUUAAAGAAAUAAAAAUCAUCGGAUAUGAUAAUAAUAAUAUAAUUGACAAUCCGCCUUUUAUAUAUGUUUUUUAUUUUAAUCUAUAGGUGUAGAUCGAUAUAAUAGAAUCGUCUUAUUAAUAGCCGUAAUUUCAAAGACUCCCUUCAAUGUAAAAGCUAAUAAUUGUCAGUUAGGACAAAACCUGGUAUUCAAAAUUCAUCGAUAUAUAUUCUGGGAGUGAUUUAUUAUAUAGCUAAACGAUUUGUGAGAUAUGAGAAAUUAUCCAGAAAGUACUCCUUUAGUAAAUUAUAUAGACGUUUAUGUAUAUAUAACGUCUGUAAUGUAUGGAUGCACACGAUUUCGCUAGCCUUUUCAGUAAUUAUACUCAAGCCUUUACUGCCAAUCCCGUAUUUCUUUACAUUCAUGGCAAUUGUACAUUUUAUAUAAAUUUUAAAUAAAUCACGAAAUAUAUUUUUGUUUAUUUUAUAACGCAUUUAGUUGUAGUAAAACUAGUUCUCGAGAAGGUGUCAUAUAAAUACCGGCUUUUGGCAAUGUGAUCGUAAAGAUUCUAUGUGAACCAGUGUAUAUGUCCGAAUAAAAAAAAAGAAAUGUCUCGUAAACUAUUGUUAAUAUUAUAUAUAUUUAAAAAAUAAGAGUGAUUUUAAAAUUGUAUAAACUUGCGUAUUUAAAAACCAUUCGAUUCGAGCGACAAGAUAUCCUUUCUGAAAGCAA